AUGUGCACCACGCUAAAUUCAUGUUUGCCACAUCAGUCACAUUCGGCCAUCAAUUGCAUUGUAGCCAUUUCUCGUCGAAAUACCACCAUGUCCAAGCCGCUGCUUGACAAGACGCUGUUCAAGAAGACGCUAGAGGUCGUAGGCGUGCGCGUGGAGGCCAAGAAGAUCGGUCGCGUAGUUAAGAAGCUGCACGGCCAUCUGCUUAACCUGCCACGUCUGCGCAAUGUAGUACCGGACCCGACCAACCCGGACCCGUACAAGAAUUCCAGUAGCAAACUCAUUCUGCUUAAUUCCAAAGUGAAGGACAUGGAAACGCUGCAGCCACUCAAUGAGGACCUCGUGGCCUUCUUAAAGGAAGAGAGUCUGGCUUUCGUAAGCCACGCCAUCGAGCUGGACUACAGCUACUUCGCUGUUGACCAGGUGCUCAGUGAGGUUCUACCCAAGGGCAUGGACAUCCCCAGCUCCUUCGAGACGGUCGGACACAUCGCACACUUGAACUUAAGAGACAACCAGUUGCCAUACAAGAACGUCAUUGGACAGGUUAUUUUGGACAAGAACGCACAGAUCCGCACGGUCGUGAACAAGACGGACAACAUCGAGACUAAAUUCCGUACCUUUCCAAUGGAAGUGCUGGCCGGUGAUGACGAUAUGGAGGUCGAGGUACAUGAGAGCAAAGCCACGUUCCAGUUUAACUAUGCAGAGGUGUAUUGGAACUCGCGUCUGCAACAGGAACAUCUGCGUAUCAUCCGUCAGAUCAAGCCACACGACGUCGUGUGCGACAUGAUGUGCGGCAUCGGUCCGUUCGCCAUCCCCGUGGCGCUGAACGGCAGUAAAGUGUACGCCAACGACCUGAAUCCGCGUAGUUACCACUAUUUGAAGCAGAAUAUUGCUCUCAAUAAGGUGGAGAAGCUCGUGACGCCUUACAAUCUGGACGGUCGCGAGUUCCUGGCCAAACUCUUGAGUGAGAAGAAGCAGUUCACUCAGGUUCUCAUGAACCUGCCGGCUAUUGCGCUCGAGUUCCUUGACGCGUUCCCUGGACAGUUCGACCACUGGGAGGGAGAGCUCCCGUACAUUCACUGCUACUGUUUCUCCAACGCUGAGGACGUCAAGAAGGACGUCAAGGAGCGUGCUGAGAAGAUUAUGGGCGGAGAACUCGACCCGGAGCGGACGUUGUUCCAUCUUGUGCGUGAUGUGGCGCCUAAGAAGGUCAUGGUCUGCAUUUCCUUCCAACUGCCUGAGUCUAUCGCGUUCAGCUCGGAGCGCCAGACGUCGAAGCAGGACGAUCCGAAGCGGAGAAAGGUUGAGGUUGAGACUGCAGCUUAG